UCAUUGAUUAACAUGACUUUACAAGUACUCCGCACGACGUACGUGAGCGGGGCGGAACGCUGGUGGAGGAUGUGAAAUCUGGGGGUGACAUAGCUUCUUGGACUAAACUUUGUUAGGAGCUUGAAGCCCUUACUGGCAAGUUUCCACAGUCUAUAUUCACAAACAUGGCAGCCACACCUCAAGGUCCCAUGGUCCGCCGGCCAUUGGCGUUCACAAAUGAGGAGCGGAAGGCUGUCCACUCCUGGUCCCGCAUCUCGUCAGCCGGGCAAAAUGUCCUUCUGGAUGCUCUGAAGAUCCUUAGCCCCAUGUCUAGAGACCUCUCGAGCACCGAGGAGCUGGUGACUUUCCUCCAGGAGCUGAGUGAGGAAGGUCACAAGCCCACCAUCCUGCGGAGCAAAGAUGUUUACUGCUACCGCUCCUGCACAAGCCUUCCCAUGACUGAAGAAAUGCUCAAGUUGGUCAACAAGAAUGUUAGACCCACUGCUAAGAAGAGGAAGAGGAGGCCUCAGGUCAAGAAGCGGGAGGUGCACCCAUCCUGGAACACCACUGAGAGGAGCAACCCAAGGAUUCAAGGGAUUCGGCCUCCAGAGAUGCUGAUGGACCAUCAUGCCAUUGUCUGCAGCAGGACACCCAUGCAAACUGUAGAAAUGUUAGAGGCUGACAUCCAGCCGUGCCUCAGACUGACCAGUAUCCAAGGUCUGUCUGGCUUCCACACGGCCAGACUCCAGAUCCAAACUGUUUGGGAAUCCGAGAUGCCCGCCGUUACCUUUUCACCGCAGACGCACCCGAUGACACUAUCAGGAAUACCCUCUCAGCCUUCUCAGAACGGCGGUGGGGCACCCACUAAAGCCGUGGCCUUGUUCAGCCAGAAGAGUCUGUCCUGUCCGAUCCGACUGGAUGGCGCUCUCAUAGGGGAUUCGGCUCCGGUCUUCUAUGCUAACGGUCGGGGGUUCUCACAGACUCACACAGAAUUGACCAGCAACGGCUGGAGGGGUAACUGUCUCCACCAAGAAGUCCCUGGAUCCAAGGGAAUAACUGGCUCUGCGAGGCAAAGGAAUAGCUGGAAGGACAAGAAAGAUUUAAGGCGGAAAGUUAUAAAAGUGGAUGACUCUCGGUCCGUAGCCGAGGCCUGCAGGAAAGCGCAAAAGAUUCUGCAGGUCAACCUUUCUCCAGUGAUUCAGAUCCAACCUCUCAACCAUGUGCUGAGAGACUUCAGAUUUCAGAAGAAUUAAAAAAAAAACAACCCAAAACUCUCUGUCCUUAGCAGAUUUUAGUUUUUUUCCAUUUGUCGGCCUCUGCGCUGCCGGGGGCCGUGUUCAUAGCAGAUAUCUUAAAAGUGGUUAUGCCAGGUGUUGGGCUCACGAUAGGAGUUUCUGGAACUUGUGGAUCCUAACAGAAGCAUCUGACGUACAGUUUGCUUGGAAAAGCCCCGUCUGUCGUCCCUGAGGUGGUACAUGUUCACUGUGUUUAGUCGAUGCCACAAUCUAACGGAAACCUCCAGUCAUCCAGCUGCUCAUUUGGACACGACGUCCGCAGAUAUAGGUCAGUCUCCUGCCCUUUAAGGUGUUGAGUACGGACCACUGUUGUGAAAAUAUUUAAACUCAAUUAAACGGAACCGCAUUUUGUUAGAAAUGUAAGUAUUUUUCACUUUUUUGCCGCUCUGCUCUUUUCCCUUGAAAGAAAGAAAAAUGAAGUCUUGUUUUUUUUUUUUUUUUACUGAAUUUCAACUAGAAGGGGGGAAAUAUUUAGUUUCUGUUUUUAAUUAGUUUUUUUUUUAUUAUUUUCAAUCUUUGAGAGGUAGUACAGGUUUGAGGGCCGCAGAAACGUAAAUUAGAUGUUAAGUUAUUCACAAAGUGUUCCUUUGGUUGACUGAGAAAUACAUUGUAUAUUAAAUGUUACUGCAGGGAAUAUUUGACUCUUAGUUACAAAACUUAAAGAAAUUAUUCUUGAAAAAAAAAAA